GUAGUUGUUGCGCGGAGAGUCGCUUUGUGGAUUAACGCAGCUGUCACUGAGCUGUCCGGAGGAAAAAGGUGCAGAACCCGGCGACGCUCUGGUCCGAGGAGGUCUGGCGUAUCCUCCGGUCUGCUUUCAUCAGGAUGGAGUUCUCAGUCCGCCUGAGUCUCUGCCUGCUGGGCUUUGCUCUCAUCACCUUCUUCCCUCAUGCAGCACAAGGCCAAGUUUCAUCACCGCGGAGGUUUCGUGCAAGAGUCCUGAGUCCCACCACGCUGGAUGUGUCGUGGAAAGAACCAAAGGGAGCGUUUGAAAGCUACAAGGUCAUUUACACCACCGACCCGGGUGGAGCACAGAAGGUGACUGAGCUAUCGAAGCAGGAAACAAAGCUGAUAAUCAAUGACUUUGAGGCUAAUCAGGAAUACAACUUCCAGAUCAUUGCAGUCAAAGGAGGCCAAGAGAGCAAACCCCUUCAGGGCAAAUUUGAAGCUCAGCGAUCAGCUGUCGAAAUAACUCAACCCCAAAGGGGACAGAGCAGCGUUGUUGCACGGGAGAACGAGAUCUCAGAAGCUGAAGAGGGAUUUAUGUGCAAGACUCCAGCCAUCGCCGACAUCGUGAUCCUGGUGGACGGCUCGUGGAGCAUCGGGCGCAUCAACUUCAGGCUGGUCCGCAGCUUCCUGGAGAACCUGGUCAAGGCCUUCUCUGUGGAGUUUGAAAAGACCAGGAUUGGACUGGCUCAGUACAGUGGAGACCCCAGGAUCGAGUGGCAUCUAAAUACUCACACCACCAAAGACGCUGUGAUAGAUGCCGUGAAAAACCUGCCGUAUAAAGGGGGAAACACACUGACAGGUCUGGCUCUGACCUACAUCCUGGAAAACAGCUUUAAACCAGAGUCGGGGUCCAGGUCCGGAGUUCCUAAAAUAGGGAUUCUAAUCACUGACGGGAAAUCCCAGGACGAUGUGAUCCCCCCCGCGCAGAGCCUGAAGGAUGCUGGGAUAGAGCUGUUCGCCAUCGGAGUUAAAAAUGCUGAUGAGAACGAGCUGAAGGACAUCGCCUCCCCUCCCGAGGAAACCCACGUCUACAACGUGGCCGACUUCAGUGUGAUGAGCGACAUCGUGGAAGGGCUCACCAAGACUGUUUGUGACCGCGUGGACGACCUGGACAAGCAGAUCAAAGCUGUAGGGGGAGCUGUAGGGGGAGGCGAGCCUGCCCCUCCUCCCGUCUCCGUGGCCCCCCCUAGUGACCUGGUCACGUCCGACAUAACGGCCCGCAGCUUCCGUGUGACGUGGACCCACGCCCCGGGGCAGGUGGAGAAGUACCGCGUGGUCUACGUCCCCGCCAGUGGAGGAAAACCAGAAGAAAAAGUGGUGCAGGGGACGGAGAACAGCGUGGAGCUGAACUACCUGAGCUCCCUGAUGGAGUACCAGGUGGCCGUCUUCGCCAUCUACCGCAGCUCCACCAGCGAGGCGCUGAGAGGAAGCGCCACCACGCUGGUUCUGCCCACGGUCAACGACCUGGAGCUGUUUGAUAUCACUCACAGCACCAUGAGGGUCCGCUGGAAGACGGCCGUCGGGGCGUCGGGGUACAUGAUCCUGUACGCCCCGCUGACGGAGGGGGACCCUGCAGAUGAGAAGGAGGUGAAGGUGGCAGACUCGGUGAAUGAGGUGGAACUGGAGGGACUGAUUCCAGACACAGAGUACACGGUAACAGUUUACGCCAUGUACGGAGAAGAGGCCAGUGACCCCAUGACCAGCCAGCAGACCACAUUGCCUCUGGUCCCAGCCAGGAACCUGCGUUUCUCAGACGUGGACCACAACUCCGCCCGGAUCUCGUGGGACGCUGCCUCCAGGUUGGUCAAAGGCUACAGAAUCAUGUACGUCAAGACCAACGGAGUCCAGACCAACGAGGUGGAUGUUGGUACGGUGACAAACUAUUUGUUAAAAAACCUGACGUCACUGAUGGAAUACACGGUUGGGGUGUUUGCUAUCUACAAUGAAGGGGAAGCUGAAGCCGUGACCGACAGCUUCACGACAACUACUGUCCCAGACCCACUGGACCUGCAGAGCAGCGACGUUUCCACAACCAGCUUCAGGGUGUCAUGGCGCCACCCGGCCUCCGACGUGGUGAUGUAUCGACUCAUCUGGACACCGACCGACGGAGGAGACAGCGAGGAGGUUAUGGUAAAUGGAAAAACAAACACUUACCUGAUAACUGGACUGAUCUCCGACUCAGAGUACGAAGUUCUCCUCGCCGCCAUCUAUGCAAACGAGGCUGAGAGUGACGAGGUGGUCCUCAUCGAAAACACCGCCGAGAGAACAACGACCGUCGCCACAACAACCACAACAGCAGCAACCCCUCAUUACGGCGUGAAGAAUAUGAAGAUCGAUGAUGAAACCAUGUUCAGCUUGCGGGUGUCCUGGCAGGCCGUCGACUCCAGAAAUGUCCGACACUAUCGGCUGAACUACAUCAGUGCAAAGGGAGACAGGGCCGAGGAGACGAGGACAGUCCCCACUAGUCAGAGCAGCCUGGUCCUGCAGCCUCUUCUGUCAGACACAGAAUACAAAGUGACCAUCACCCCGGUGUAUCCUGGGGGAGAGGGACCCGCAACCUCACAAAUGGGACGGACACUUCCUCCUUCAGCCCCUAAAAACCUGCGGGUUUCAGAGGAAUGGUACAACCGCUUCCGGAUCAGCUGGGACGUUCCCCCUUCACCCACCAUGGGGUACCGGGUCGUGUACCAGCCUCUCUCAGGCUCUGGACCGGCGCUGGAAACAUUUGUGGGGGAGGAUGUGAACACCAUGCUGAUCGUCAACCUGCUGAGCGGGACAGAGUACAGCGUCAAGGUCAUCGCCUCCUACACCACCGGCUCCAGCGAGGCCCUGGCAGGGAGGGCAAAGACCUUGUACCUUGGGGUGACGAACCUGAGCACGUACCAGGUGAGGAUGACGGCGUUGUGCGCCCAGUGGACGACUCACAGACACGCCAACGCUUACAGGGUGGUUGCUCAGUCCCUGGCCGGAAGUCAAAGGCAGGAGACCAAGCUGAAUGGAGGAUCCAGCAGACACUGUUUCAAAAACCUGAAGCCGAACACAGAGUAUAGGAUCAGCGUGAUGGCUCUGCUGCAGGACGGGACUGAAGGGCCUGCUGUCGCCACAACUGUGAAGACGUUACCAGUCCCAACGCCGGCGCCGACCAAGCCUCCCACCACCACCCCGCCAGCCACAAUCCCGCCUGCCAAGGAAGUCUGUAAAGCAGCCAGAGCAGAUCUGGUGUUCCUGGUUGAUGGUUCCUGGAGUAUUGGUGAUGAAAACUUCCUGAAGAUUAUCCGUUUUCUGUACAGCACCGUUGGAGCGCUGGACAGGAUCGGACCAGAUGGCACGCAGGUAGCCAUUGCUCAGUUCAGUGACGACGCCCGCACCGAGUUCAAGCUGAACUCGUACAGCAACAAGGAGCGUCUGCUGGAUGCCAUCAACGGGAUCUCGUACAAGGGAGGAAACACCAAGACAGGUCGCGCCAUCCAGCAUGUGAAGGAAAACAUCUUCACCAAAGAGGGCGGGAUGCGCAGGGGCAUCCCCAACGUGCUGGUGGUCCUCACGGACGGCCGGUCCCAGGACGACGUCAACAAAGUCUCCAAGGAAAUGCAGAUGGAAGGUUACAUCGUGUUUGCCAUCGGCUUCGCGGAUGCCGACUACGGGGAGCUGGUGAGCAUCGCCAGCAAACCCAGCGACAGACACGUCUUCUUCGUGGACGACCUCGACGCCUUCCAGAAGAUUGAAGAGAAGCUGGUGACGUUUGUGUGCGAGGCGGCUACUGCCACUUGUCCGUCUAUACCGAUGAGUGGCAGCACAACUCCAGGUUUCCGUAUGAUGGAGCUGUUUGGUCUCGUUGAGAAUCGAUUCAACAGCAUCUCUGGUGUUUCCAUGGUGCCGGGCACCUUCAAUGCUUUCCCCUGCUUCCACCUCCACAGCAACGCCCUGCUGGCACAGCCAACCAAGUUCAUCCAUCCAGAGGGGCUUCCUUCUGACUACACCAUCACCCUGCUGUUCAGACUGCUGGCCGACACCCCCGAGGAGCCCUUCGCCCUCUGGGAGAUCCUCAACAAGAACAACGAGCCCCUGGUCGGCGUCAUCCUGGACAAUGGAGGAAAAACUCUGACUUUCUUCAACAACGACUACAGAGGAGAUUUCCAGACGGUCACCUUCGAAGGGCCAGAGAUCAAAAAGCUCUUCUUUGGGAGCUUCCAUAAGCUUCAUAUUGCAAUCAGUAAGACGAGCGCUAAAGUGUUCAUCGACUGCAAAAUGGUGACAGAGAAAACCAUCAACGCAGCAGGAAACAUCACCACCGACGGACUGGAAGUUCUGGGCAGGAUGGUUCGCUCCAGAGAAAACAAGGACAACUCUGCACCGUUUCAGCUGCAGAACUUUGAUAUUGUCUGCAGCACUUCAUGGGCCAGCAGAGACAAGUGCUGUGAACUUCCUGGUCUGAGGAAGGAGGUGGACUGUCCCGCCCUGCCCAAAGCCUGCACCUGCACACAGGACAGCCGAGGCCUCCCUGGCCCCCCCGGACAACCAGGCGGCCCUGGAAUCAGAGGAGCCCGAGGCGACCGAGGAGAGUCGGGUCCAGUGGGGGCGGCCGGGCCUGUUGGAGAUACAGGCGUACCAGGACCUCAGGGACCCCCCGGGGCACAGGGACCCAGCGGCCGCUCCAUCCUCGGACCCCCGGGCGGUCCAGGGGAGCGGGGGCAGAAAGGUGAAGCAGGACAGCAAGGAACUCAGGGAAUUCCUGGCAGACCUGGAACUCAAGGCAGGGAAGGGGGAGCAGGACCCAGAGGGCUUCCAGGAAAAGAUGGCCCACCUGGCCGACCGGGCCCUGCAGGAUCUAUGGGAACGCCAGGCGCUCCAGGAGCUCCAGGAAAUACCGGAGCUCAAGGAAAGCAGGGGGAACUGGGACCUCCGGGUGUUGCUGGAAGCAAGGGGGCCAAAGGUGAACGGGGUGACCUGCAGUCAACAGCGUCGGUUCAGGCCAUCGCCAGGCAGAUCUGCGAGCAGAUGAUACAAACCCACAUGGAACGCUACAACUCCAUUCUCAACCACGUGCCCAGUCCACCGGUGUCCAUCCGCACAGUACCGGGACCCCCGGGAGAGCCUGGUCGACAGGGAACCUCGGGACCCCAGGGAGAACAGGGGCCACCAGGAAGGCCGGGCUUCCCAGGACAGAACGGACAGAAUGGAAACCCAGGAGAGAGAGGCCAAACAGGAGAAAAGGGGGAGAAAGGAACUCAAGGUGUCGGUGUCCAAGGCCCCAGAGGACCCCCAGGACCUCCUGGUUCCCAAGGACAAGGCAGACCAGGAAACCAGGGUUCAUCAGGGAGACCUGGGAACCCUGGAUCUACUGGCCGACCAGGAGUUCCUGGUCCCCUCGGCCCCCCAGGACCCCCGGGAUACUGCGACCAGAACUCCUGCGUGGGCUACAACGUUGGGGUCCAACUGCCGCAGAGCGUCUUCCAAAACUACGGCGAGGCCGAGGAGGAAGACCCGUACCGCUACUACCAACCCAACUACCCGCCGCCGCAGCCGGUGUCGCCCGACGACCCGGCGCUGGCGCGCGACGACCCCGAGCAGAGGCCUCCCGCUGAGGGGUACCGCAGCACCCGGAGCAUAGGGGGGGGGGAGAAAACUGGGCUGAAGAGGAGACUAAAGAGGGAAGCGAAGGUGCUGCCUGGACUAACUAACUGAGAGGACGUGAGGGGGAAGACAGAAGGCAGCUUGCUGUUUCUGAUUGGACGGCUCCGAGCCGUGAUGAACUCAUCAACAAGUGCCUGACGCAGAGGAAUUUCUUACGGACAUUGUAGAGGGAACGGAACGGGCUUUAAGGUUGGGACUGUUCGAACUCAUCUAUGCUUUUGAAUUAACUUCAACAAAAUGGUUUUACGUAGUUCUUUUUGUUUUGUUUUUGAGUCAAAUAAACUGCUCAGCAAAGUUGUGAGCUGAAUUGGGGUUGAUAUUUCACACGACCUUUUGUUAGUUCUCAGCUUAGUGGUCUGUCAUGUUCCCUUUCUGGUUUCAGUAUUUUCCACCUGGUUGUUUAAGUGCCUCCCAAUGUCCUAGGAAGUGUUUCAGUCCUUUAUCUAUGUUCGUUUUUCAUCACUAAAUCUAAUUUCCGAGUAUCUAUUGCAAACCACAUCUUGUGAUUCCUGUUGGUGUUUGGUAGUUUUACUUCCACCUUUCAUUUUUAUGGUUGACUAAUAUAAAUGUGAAAGGGUUUUGCAAUGAUACCAUUGGUUGUGAAGUACAUCUUUCCUUGAAAUCUUUGUAAUCUGGUGUUUAAUUCAAGUUUACAUCAAGUUGUGUAGUUGUUACCUCCAUCUCUUAUUUCUGAAGGCGCCUAAAUGUUACAACCAGACACCAGAUGUCAUCAAAAAGUUAUUUAUGUCAAGUUUAGCAUGUUUUAAUUUUUCACAUUCACCACGUCAUGAAUUUUUGUUUCUGAUCUCAUAAAGCCACGGACCCAUUUUACUGUUAGGAUUUCUUUCCUUUCUUGAGUUUUACCAGCAGUUAUUGAUACAGUAUUACAUUCAUUGUGACGUUGUUCUGUGUACGAUAAAGCUGAUCAAAAAUAUUAGUUGUAAAAACCACACAAUCACGUUUUCCUUUAACAGCGAUGUUUCUGUGUUGAUGUAUUUUAUGUUGGUUCAGUUCUGCUUGGAGAAUUAGGCGUAGCGGUGCAGAAUUAGAUUUAAUCACUGAAGCAGAUUUCAAACUUAACGGAUCAGUUAAGAGAAAAUCUUUUUUUAGGCCAAUACCUGCUUUGCGUCCUGUCCUUUUGAUAAUAUUAGUUACCUUCUUUUUAUAUUUCAACAAAUCUUUGAAGUCUUUUAUCCAUUUAAGCUAAUUCAGACUUAAUUUGACUCAAGUUCCAGUGCAAAAGUGUGGAUCGACAUUUGUUUUUUUAUAUUUUAUGCAGGAACUACAGACUAAUCUGAAAUAAGAAACUCUAUGGUUCACUCAGUGUGAAGUUGAAAUUAAUUUGAAUUAAAUCAUGUGUUUAUUAAAAUUGUUUUUUGUUUUUUUUACAGCUGGAUGGUGAUUUUUUUUUAUUAUUAUUAUUAUUAUGAAUUAUUAUUAUUACUAUUAUUAUUAUUAUUUUUUAUUACAGCUGUUUGGAAGAAUGUGCAUUUAUUCACCCCUGGACAUGACCGCCUCAGACCAGGAUAUUUAAAAAUAAAAUCAAUAAAAUAA